ACUGGGGCGGGGCGGCGGCCGGACCCGGAAGCGGCGCGGCUGAGUCACGGCGGCGGCGGCGAUGAGGCAGCCGCAGCCGCGGGCGGUGUCGUUGUCAUUGUCGCUGUCGCUGUCCCCUCUCGACGCCUGAGGAGCCGCCCGCGCCCGCCCGCCCCGCUCCUCGCUCUCCGCCCGCCGCGUUGGGCGCCGCCGCCAAGAUGAUGGAGGAGAUAGACCGGUUCCAGGUGCCCGCCGUGCGCGCCGAGAUGCAGCCGCUGGAUCCAACAGCUGCAGCUAUUUCGGACAGAGAUUGUGAUACGAGAGAGGGAGAGACUGUAGCCAUGAACUAUAAGCCAUCCCCACUUCAAGUGAAAUUAGAGAAGCAGAGGGAGCUGGCUCGGAAGGGCUCCCUGAAGAACGGCAACAUGGGAAGCCCAGUUAAUCAGCAGCCCAAGAAGAACAACGUGAUGGCACGAACAAGGCUCGUCGUUCCCAAUAAGGGCUACUCGUCGCUAGACCAGAGUCCAGAUGAAAAGCCCCUGGUAGCCCUGGAUACAGACAGUGAUGAUGACUUUGAUAUGUCCAGAUAUUCCUCCUCGGGAUACUCAUCAGCUGAGAUCAACCAAGACUUGAACAUCCAGCUGCUAAAGGAUGGGUACCGAUUAGAUGAGAUCCCAGAUGACGAGGACCUCGACCUAAUCCCCCCUAAAUCGGUCAACCCUACCUGCAUGUGUUGCCAAGCCACCUCCUCCACCGCCUGUCACAUCCAGUAGUGAGGCCGGCAGGCUGUGAUCAGUGCUUUCCACUAUAACUGUAAAACUUAACAGCCAUUGCUUCCUCCUAUGGUAGGACGUGCACCUCUUUGUGUUCAUGGAGCCAGGAGAAACCAAAAAAUUCAUUUUAUGAUUGGUUGAUAACUUAUUUUAAACUAUGGUAAAACAAAAGAGAAGUUGCUGAAAGUGCCAGGCAGUGCCUGGCAGAACUGACUGGUCUGGAGAGCGAAUGCAGAGGGGUCCAGAGAUACCUCCUUGGUUUGUUUAGGCACUGGGGAUAUUUUGUAAAGUGUCUUUUUCCAGAAUGGGAGAGGUCAGAUGGGACGUCAGGUAAUCCUGCCCACUGAAACCAAUCCAUUUGCAAGAUUAGAGCAAGUUGGAGGUAUCAAAGCGUUUUACCAAUGAGAGGAAGUCAGUUCUUAAUUCAUUCACUAAACCUGUUUCAUUUGCAUAACCAAAAUUAUAUUAUAACUGGGGCACAGGAAUGGGGACGGACCAGGGCAUCCUUUCUUAUGGCAAGGCUAGCCAGGACUAGCAUGACACAAUUCAUUCACUUGCAAAAGGGACAAGUAGGUGACAUUUCACUGUGAGUCUGUACCAGCUACAGCUGUUGUGUCACAUAGCCAAUGCAAUCUACCCUUAGCGCCACAUUAAAUUACCACCAAACACAUCAGAUUUGAUCUGCAAUCCACUCAUGCACCUCAAGGAUUUGCUCAUUGCCCAGGAAUACCAACCAUACCUGUGACUUCAGUUCAGUCACGUAUUCUGACUUCAGCCCUUAUUUAAUACCUGUGCAACCCUUCUCUUUCCAAAAAAUCUUAAACUUUGUUCAACUCAGAAGAAAUGAAUCCUACAUGAGUCAGGACUAGAGAUGUACAGCCUGAACGACAGUGCAGGAAAAGCUAGUUGAAGAAAGCACAUUUUACCAGUGCUUGACUCUUGAUAUUCUCUUGCCACUGUGUCACUGGGUGCCUGUGGGAGAGACUUGUUAAUGCUGAAGUCAUCAGUGUGGUGGGGUCAGACUUGAGAGGAAUUUUCAGCAACAACAGAAUAAUGAACAGCUUUAGCUGAAAGAUGCCCAUGAGAGGAAAGUACUGUUCACUCCCUGUCUGCCGACUAGUGAGCCAGACAUGGUCCUAGGUCAGGAGCAGUUGUGUUUUAUUUGGUGCUAGAAAAGUUAGGAAACCUGUUACAUUAGGUUGCUGGCCUGAGCUCCCAGUUCACCAGCAGAUUGUUUUGAAUGCAGAAUCACUUCUGAAAUUAGGAAACAUGUUCUCUCACUGGCUUCAGCAUAUACAAGGGAUGGGCUGGCAUUUUUCUUGGUGUUCAAAUCUUUUGCCACAGGCACAAUUCAUGUGUUUUCCUGGCCUUUCAGGAGGAAAGACCACCUGCCUGGAGUUAUCACCUGCUUUGUAGACUGGGAAAGGAAAAAACUGAGGGCAGUUCUGAGCUUCCCAUCAGAAUUCCUGAGUCACAGAGGACUGAGUCACUGAGCUGCACUGCAACAGACAGAUACUCCAUCUGAAGGGAGCUGAGUCUUUAAGAAGUCCUAUUCAUAAUUAGCAGAUUUUUUUUUAGCAUCCUGUGCGGUGCAAAGCUUGAUGCUAGCCACAGAGUGAGUGAAGGAGCAGGCACACGAGAUUCCUGGGCUUAUUUACUAGGUGGUAUGGACAACUUUUAAAGCUGUGCUUGUCCCCUCUGCCUAAAACAACAUGCUGCCACCCUGCUCUGGGCCAGAGAAAAAGGACUUGAAUGGUGCUGUUUACUGAGCAUCCCUGCCUCUUCAUGCAGAAAUGAUGGUUAACUUGCCAACUCCUGUAGGGAUAGUGUUCCUCAAGUGAAUUCAUCUCCUUUUCUCACCACCUGGUAGUGCUGAGGGGAAUAUUUCCAAAAUACAACUCAGAUUGAGGUUAUCAAGUUGUCUGGAGGUAGGGGAAGCAGUAGAGUAGAGAGAAAGAUAAAAGGGAAAAAUAUUCCUUAAGGAGUCUUUUUUCAUGAGGAAUGUAGUCAAAACCUAAUAGAAAUACCGUGGUCAAACCAAAUCCUAUAGGACAUGACCAAGGCUCUUUAAAUCUCCACUCUUCUGGGGAGGGACUUUGCAGUUCAGCACAGGUAUCAUGGAAUGUCUUCAUCACAUUUAUCCUCCUGGGUUAGUCUCUGUGCCUUCCAGCUGGUCUGCACAUGCUCAGCCUUUCCCACAGCCCUUGCUCAGGAGCCCAGAGCGUUUUGGACUGCCUGCUAGAGCAACAAGUCAUCUCUUCACCUGGGCCAGCCACUGGGGGCUGCACAUCCCACAGGUCUCCAUCAUGCUGCCGUCAUAGAAUUAUGCUGUCAUCUAGGUUCAAAAACACCCUUCAGACCACUGAGUCCAGCUAUAACCAAGCACUGCCCUGUUCAGUCUAGGAUAGAAUGAGGCUUGCUGUCACUGUUACCUCUCAGGGUUAACACCUUUCUUCUGAGGGACAGACUUCCACUUAGUGGACUUGGCAGUGCUGGAUUAACAGCUGGAUUCUAUGAUCUUAAAGGUCUUUUCCAAUCUGAGUAAUUCUAUGACACCAUGCCCAUGGCACCAUGACCCAGUCAUUUUAUUGCCCCUGGUGCUGGUUUUUGCUUGCCAUGUGCCCUGAGACAUUCCCCAACCCUGCAACUGCCUUCAGCUCUUUGCAUUUUGUGAUGUACAUCUGCUUGUAGCACAACCCUUUAGGGAGGGAGAGAGAUUAAUUCAGAUGUUCCACCUGGUGCUUCCUCCAAAUACAGACUGAAGCACAACUCAUGUUUUUGCCUGUGCACAGAAGGAGUUGGUUGCAGAAAUAGUUGGUUUGGCAUGACAGUACAGGACCAUAAAAUGGCAAUUUUUUGGCUUCUCCUCUCUAUGCUUUGUGUUCAUAUAUUUUAUUAGGAGAAUAAUGUAGAAAGGGUGGGAAAAAGUAGUUACCUGUGUAGGGUCAUUAUCAGAAAGGCUGAGUGGCUUAAGGCAAUGCACAUGUGGCUGUUAUAGAAAACUCAACACUAACUCUUCUGAACUGCAGCCCCUUCAGCAGAUUAUGACCAUGCAGCAUGUUUGUUGGCUCAUUAUGGAAUAUUGAGGACUGCCCAUUGGUAUGUAUCAACCUCAGAUGAGGCUGGUUGCCCCUGUCUGGUCUCAUGUUCAGACAUUUGCUUAAGGUAGCAGGUUUUCUGUAUGCCCUCAGAGUCACAGAAUGUGUAAGGCUGGAAGGAGCCACAGUAGGAUCAUCUGAUCCAGCCUCUCUGCUCAAGCAACCCUUGUUGGAGGUUAUGCUGUGGUGAUUUCCUGAGAAGAUGUGGAGAUGGAUGGCUAUCCUGGGACUGCUCUCCUUGUACCAGUCUCUGCCACCAUGGCCAGAAGAAGAAGGCAAGAGCACAGACUCUGACUCUAUGUGACAGCAUUUCUACAAAAUCUACAGAGCUGCUAGGUGAUCUCUUAAAUGCAGAUGGCAUGCAAGAAAAAAAUUGUUCCUUCCUCCAGUCUUUGCACCAAACAAGGUGGCCCUCUCAGGCCACAUUUUCAAUCCAAAGUUGUACAGAAAACCAAGGGGAGGAAUACCAUGGAGUAUGAAAUGCUGCAUCACUGUCUACCUACAUUACCAUGCAAACAGGAUGUAAGGAUAUUGAUGCUGGUGCCUCCACAAAGGAAUUUGCAUUUGAUGCCUCCUAAAGCCAGACUGAGUUUUUGUUAGGAUUUUAUGUAAUGUCAGUCACCAAAUAAUGUGAGUUUCAGCAGAUCCUUUUCUUUUAUCAGAUGUUAAUCUGCUAAAAUAUCAGCUAGUAUCCUUUAAUGUGAGCUGAAUUUGAACUCCACUGUCUCAGCACUCUAUUCUGUCUCUCUUGUCUGCAAACUCCACAUUUCCAGGUGUCUCUGGGAGGAGGAACAUCCUCCUAGUCUUGAGGAAGGUCUGUAGAUAGCAUGGUCAUGUCUGCUUUUCUGGUGUUUGUAAAUAAACUUUGGCUGAAAGGAGGCUGAUGCCCAUCCUGAAAGCUCAUUUGAUAUCUUACCAGACACAUCUUGAAGUCAACCCUUGAAAGAGCCACUGGGUAAUAUCUAACAUUGCCACAUGUCUGUCCCUGGCAUGUGUGCUUGGCCAUUGGAUCUGCUGUGCUCUUCUGGCUGUCCUGCCUGCAGAUGCCUUGCAACUGCAAAAGCAGGUGACCAUUCCUGCUGCAAGGACUUUGAAAGGGACUUCAGCACAGCUUCCCCACAGACAAGAUGGACUCAGCUCCUUCUGUUUGUUUCACCGGCUCUUGUCCCAAAGGGAGGCACCCACUGUGUUCAGUGGUUCACUGGCUGACACACAGGUCUGCAAUCCUGAGCAGAAUCCUAUCUUUUCCAUGCACAGUCUGAUCCUGGGCUGGCCUGCAGGCUGUACAGGAGAAUGCAGGAAGCUUGAAAAAUGCAGUGCCCUGUGUGUGACUCAACAGAAACAUGAAGAUGCUUUUGAAGAAAGGAAAGACCCAGCUGGGCAACAAACGGAAAACAGGAAAAGGAAAACAGGCAAUAACUAGAAAGAUUGCCAAGUGCUGUCUUGGCCCAGGGCAGAUCCCAAUUGCCCAAGUUGAUCUGUCUCAGUGCAGUGCUGAUGGCCAGCAGGGAGUAAAGCUUGCUUUCAGGCGAAACACCCUGUCCCUGAGCUGGCACUGCAGCCAAAUACAGCCCUGGUGGAUCUCCUGGUCAGUUAGAGCACAAAAGUGAGAUCUGGGCUCCUUGCUGCUAUUGGUAUUUGCUCUAACCUCAGGCAAAUCACAUCCCUUCUUGAUGUCCAUUCCCUUCUGGAGCACAUGGGAGAAAUCUGCCUUCCCAAAGUGCUACCACCAUCUUGCAUGGAUACUGCCAAGUGUGUGAGGCACUAUUCAUAGGACAGCUCUGCAAGCAGGACAUAAAUACCAUACUAUAGAAAUUGAAUUGCUAUUUUCAAAGUACUACUCUGCUUUCUCUCUGUUUACCAUCUUCUGAUAUUCCUCACACAUGCCAGAAGGUAGCAGGGUGGAGGUUAGUACAGAAGUUAAACAUCUUUGGAGAAAGAUGUUUGUCAAUGAUAUGUUAUCCUGUUACUUGGCAGCUGACUCUUGCACAACUGGCUUCUGAGUUUGCCUGCUCCCAGAGGGAACAUGUACAAAGAUCUGGUGGCCCAACAGCACCAUCCACUGAAAGCAGAAUUAAGGAAUUUAGGUGUGCAGCUUGGGAUGGCAAGUAGUGAUGAAGGGGAAUGGAGAAUUGAAAGGCUCAUAUUUGGGAUAUUCCCAUGACAGUUUCAUGCUCUUGCUUUUAGCAACCAUAUAAUCAUCUUACCCUUUAGACCUGUAGUUCUGCCUGGGCUCCUCCUUUGCUUUUCCAUUCUCACUUAAAAUCCACCUGGGGUAUUGCCACUCUUACCUAGAAUGCUAUAGGCUUUAGCAUCUGACUGCUGCUUGGCUCAGCAAGCUUGGGCUGCAUGUUCAAAAGCAACAUCUGCAUAGAGGAGCAGUGCCACAGGGCUAGCUGGGAAGGCAUGGAAACAUCUUCCUUUUAAGCCUCCUUUUCACCUCUAGGCAUACUUGUCUCUUCCUUUCAAGGCUCAGCUGUGAGAGGGAUUGCUCCAAACUACAUUCAUCAGACAAACCCACCUUUGUUACAGAACCACACAAGACCUGAAGCAGAAGGGCCAGGAAUUUAGUGUAAAGGGUGAUUUUGUGGCCUGGGAUUAUCUAGAGGAUGUCUGUGGAGGUUUCUCAUAGGAGUUGUGGUCCAUAUUUUAACUUCCUGUAUUAUGCAGCUGAGCUGCCGCAUUGCUUCCCAAAAAUUUCAGCUACAACCCUUCCUUUACCGUACUUGACAUUGCUGGUAGUCCCAGGAUGACAGCAGCUGAAUGCUGCCUGUCUGAGCGCAUCUGUAACAGCUUGCUGGGGAGGCAGAGCUGGGACUGACUCAGGUCACACAGAGCAUAGCCCCAUGGCGCACACAGGCAUGCAGCAAACUGUGUCACAAAGCAGCACAGACACCGGCAGGACAGGUUGCACUUUCCCUGGUGACUGUGGAGAGCAGCUUUUCCCAUUGCUGUAAAGACCCAUUUGCUACUGGUGGUGACUUUGAGCCUUUUGCUUUCUCUAAAAAGCUAAUCCAACAAAGGAUGGAUUUGCUCCUGGAAGGUGCCCACCUCACUGACAGUGCUUGGCCUGUGGAGGUACUUCCUUAAUAACAAAUGGUGAUACAGGUGGUGGGACUGUAUCAAGGAGUGGAAGGUACAAAAUAAACCUCAUUAAAAUGUGGCCGUCUCAGACUGUCACUGUAAAGCAGUGCAGUGGGCACCAGGAAAAGAAAAGGACACUGAAAGGCCAUGCUAAGUCCCAUAGCUGCAGAGAUAAUUACCCUCCCAGAGCAGCAUUUCUCCCCUAGCUGCCCAUGCAGCUGUUCCAGGUGAGCUCCCUUGAGAAGCACUGCUCUUCACCCAGGCUGCCUUUUUGUUUUUGCAACCUAAAAAAGCUGCAACUCCAUUUGGUACCCACCUUUCUCAAGACGGCAUGAUCUGGGAGACACAAUUUGUUGAGAGAUACAGUACACAUGGAAAGAGCUGAAAAACGUGGGCAAGCACUCUUCAUGACAGACCUUCAUAUCCAUCCCCCAGUUCACAGAUUUAUUUGUUAAGUUUCUUUGCAUGGAGAAGCUGUGUUCAACUUGUGGCUGCCUCUGUCCUAAGACAAACCCCAAGCAAAAGUCAGGCCAGCUGUAGGUCAGUGAACAUGAUGGGAUGAGAAUCAGACAGGGUAGGGUUUCUCUUCACCCACAUGAAGGCUAUGGGGCUGAGGAUUCACCAAGUUCAUGCAAAACCUGGUGAGAUCCAGCCCACCAAGCCGGAUGCCUUCACCCUCCUGGCCUCAGUGCUGUGGGUCCAGGUCUGCAGACCAGGUCCCAGACCUGCCAGCCCAUAUGCUUCUGGUGUGGGCUGGAGUCCUGCAGCAGAGGCUUUAGAGGGCAGCCUGUUGGCUCUGCUCUUGCUGCACUGGGGCAGGGUGUUGUGAGACACUGGUGGGGCUGUAGUUCUGCUAGAAGAAAGACUCUGGUGGAGGAUGAAGUCUUCGCAGGGGAGACAAUUCAGAAAGUUGGGGGUUUCCCCUCCCCUUUUUGCACUUUUUAAACCCUUUUUACUCCUUCCGCAGAGGUUGUUGAACCUUCAGUUUAAUAAGGGAGAUGAGCUGCCAUUAAAUAGGUUUCUGAAAGGUCUGAAAGCAGGUGCUGGCUGGCGUGCAGAGCUGGUCUGUUCCUGAUGCGAUUUCCAGACCUUAUUGUCCAACCUGUAGCAGAGACACCCCAUGAGCUGGGCGAGGACUGGGGUGGGAGGGUCAGCACCGGCCAUCAUGCCAAACAGCCAUGGCUUCCCAAACUGAAGAAGAGUCAGACCAGGAAAUGGGGGAAGGAGCAACCACAGUAGAAAGAUAGCUAGUUGAAACAAGUAAUCUUCGGUAUCUGUGUCUAGUGAUUAGUCCUAGAAUUGCAAGCCUUGUUAUAUUGCACACACGUCCUCCUUCCACUCCCCUUUUCUCAAAGCAGCCAUCGCCUUUCUUCCCCCUGCCCCAUGCACUAGUGAUGAGCAUCAGAGGCAGUUGCACCAAAGUGAUUCUCAGCCCAGUUCUGCAUCCCACUUUCCCACCUGAACCCAAGGCAACCCGGACAGUAGUUGGCCUUCACGAGUCUAGUAAUUCCAGUUCGGUUUCUUUCCUUGUGUUUCAUGGUUUCCUUCCCAUGCACUCUAGCAGGGCAGUAUAGGAGGCUCUGACCAUGUCCCAGGAAGUUUCAUUGCCCCCCUUGCAGACAUGCACCUUACUGGGAAUGUACUGGGUCGAUGCUGGUGAGAUCUGGCACUGCCAAUCUUGAAUGGGUGGCAGCUGAUGGGGAUCCACCCAAGGAAGUUGGCAGAAAAUGGCUACUGUCCCUUUUCUUUUCUUUUUUGAGGGAGAGAGGGAAUUUUUUUGGCAUUAAAAUUAUUGUCCAUCUUUCAGUGGCCAAGUUCUGGGCUGCAUUAAUAAUUGGGGUUCAUUGACUGUCCAGGCAGGUGUGGAGCUCUGCACCAACCUUAAUAGCAAAUGUCAUGGCUGUAGCCAGAGCCUAUGUACAGGAUGGGUUUCUUCCAUGCUGGAAAAGUACUUUCAGCAGGCUCCAGAUGGACACUUCUGGCAGACAGAGAAACAGCACUCCUCCAAGUCCAGAUCAAAUCUGCAGUUCCAUUUUGUGUCCUCAGCAUGGAAAAAAUCAGCCUAAGCAAAUGCCUUCCAGAUCUCCAUUCCCCGUGUGGUGCCUGGUGCCCCAGGGGAAGGAGUGGUGGGAAGCAUUUCGGGAUCACCAAAAGCAAGAUCCUUUCUGGAUUUAUUUAAUGGAAAUACAUUUCAGGACAGGAGACCUCCCGACCUUUGUGUUAACCACAAGAGCAGGAGAUGAAUUUCUGGCUGUCCUUGCAUAUAGUGAAAUAUAGCUGAAACAGCCAAAUGCAACUAGAGUUAACUGUAGGGUUUGACCUGAAUAACCUUUUGAUUAGGAAGAUAAAUUUGUUGUAGCUUGACCUUAGUCCUUGUUAGGAACCUGCUAAUCAUUUGACAUGCAGAGUGUAUUAAUGCUGCACUUAACUUGGCCAUUGUUUUUUUAUCUGGUUUUGGGAGUUUUUUCGCUCCUGAAGCAUCAAUUUGCAUCUUGUAUGGGUUUUCUUUUGUUUCUUUUUCUCCCAUUAAGAUCAUGUAGCACACUGUUGUACUUUUGUUCCUGUCUGUGUAGAGUAUUGCCUUAAACAGAUCAGUUGUGUUAUGGUUUGUUUUGGGUUUUCUCUUUUCAGUUUUAUGCAUUAAUUUAUUUUAAAAUGUGGGGGUUUUUUUCAAAAACAUGAAAAACGUGUAUAAUAUUUUUUUUAACAUUUCCAUUGCAGUAUUUAUCAUUGUUACUGGUUGUGUGUAGUGUAACGGAAUUAAUGAUAUUAAAAAGCAUACAUAUGAAAA